GCCAAACUAAAACCCUAGAUCUCCGUCUUAUUAAACCCAAAAGAAAGCCACUUCCUUUCAUCACUGUCGUCGUCUCUUAGCAGCAGCAUCGGCAGCAACCAGGGUGCCUUCUACUUGAUCUGUGAAGAUGUUCACCACAAGGAAGAAGAUCCAAAAGGACAAGGAUGCUGAACCCACUGAGUUUGAGGAGACAGUUGCCCAGGCGUUAUUUGAUUUGGAAAAUAGCAAUUCAGACCUGAAAAGUGAGCUAAAAGAUCUCUUCAUAAAUUCUGCAGUUCAAAUAGAUGUUGCUGGAAAUCGUAAAGCUAUUGUCAUUUAUGUUCCCUAUAGACUGAGGAAGUCUUAUCGCAAGGUUCAUCUUCGCCUUGUUAGAGAGCUGGAGAAAAAGUUCAGUGGGAAGGAUGUUGUUCUGCUUGCUACCCGAAGGAUCGUUCGUCCACCCAAGAAAGGUUCUGCUGUUCAGCGCCCCCGUUCCCGCACCCUAACUGCCGUGCAUGAAGCCAUGCUUGAGGAUUUAGUGUAUCCUGCUGAGAUUGUUGGAAAACGCACCAGAUACAGGAUUGAUGGGUCCAAAAUUAGCAAGAUCUUCUUGGAUCCCAAGGAGCGCAACAACACUGAGUACAAGCUGGAGUCAUAUGCUGGAGUUUACAGGAAGCUUACAGGAAAAGAUGUGGUGUUUGAUUUCCCCGUAACAGAGGCCUGAAGUUGAUUAUUUGUACUUCUUUUUUAUUCAAGAGUUCUAUAAUUGCAGCAGAUAGGAUCCUACUUAAAAUUUUGACUCUUGAAUUUGGUUGAAUGUCAUUUUGAAUAGGAUAAAACUUUCUUCGAUGUUUCUUUUACUAUGCACUUGAAUAUGGUUGAAUGUCUUAUGGAUUUUUUAUCAAAAAAUUCCUGCGGAUUGUUGGUUGUGGAAAA